UCCUUUCAGGGCUCAGCAGAUUCGUACACAAGCAGACCCUCAGACUCUGAUGUGUCUUUGGAAGAGGAUAGGGAAGCAAUCCGCCAGGAGAGAGAGCAGCAAGCAGCGAUACAGCUUGAAAGGGCAAAGUCCAAACCAGUAGCAUUUGCUGUUAAGACCAAUGUGAGUUACUGUGGAGCUCUGGAUGAAGAUGUCCCUGUCCCAAGCACUGCCAUCUCUUUCGAUGCAAAGGACUUCCUACACAUUAAAGAGAAAUACAAUAAUGACUGGUGGAUAGGGAGGCUGGUGAAGGAGGGCUGCGAAAUUGGUUUCAUUCCAAGCCCGCUCAGACUGGAGAAUAUCCGCAUCCAGCAGGAGCAGAAGAGAGGACGUUUCCAUGGAGGGAAAUCAAGUGGAAAUUCUUCUUCAAGUCUUGGAGAAAUGGUUUCUGGCACGUUUCGAGCCACACCUACAUCUACAGCAAAACAGAAACAAAAAGUGACAGAACACGUCCCCCCAUAUGAUGUGGUGCCAUCUAUGAGGCCCGUUGUCUUAGUGGGGCCGUCGCUGAAAGGCUAUGAGGUGACAGACAUGAUGCAGAAAGCUCUCUUUGACUUCCUGAAGCACAGGUUUGAUGGGAGGAUAUCAAUAACCCGGGUGACAGCUGACAUUUCUCUUGCUAAGAGGUCUGUUCUGAAUAACCCGAGCAAGAGGGCAAUAAUCGAGCGGUCAAACACACGAUCCAGUUUAGCUGAAGUGCAGAGUGAGAUUGAAAGAAUCUUUGAGCUGGCCCGGUCCUUGCAGCUGGUUGUCCUGGAUGCAGACACUAUCAAUCACCCUGCACAACUUAUCAAGACAUCUCUAGCACCAAUUAUUGUCCAUGUUAAAGUGUCUUCUCCAAAGGUUUUGCAGCGACUGAUUAAAUCUAGAGGAAAGUCACAAAGUAAACACUUGAAUGUUCAGUUGGUGGCAGCUGAUAAACUUGCACAAUGCCCACCAGAAAUGUUUGAUGUAAUUUUGGAUGAAAACCAGCUCGAAGAUGCUUGCGAACACUUGGCAGAAUACCUGGAGGCUUACUGGCGUGCUACACACACCACCAGUAGCACACCCAUGACUCCUCUUCUUGGCCGAAACUUAGGAUCCACUGCACUGUCCCCAUACCCUGCUGCGAUCUCUGGACUGCAGAGCCAGCGUAUGAGGCACAGCAGCCAUUCUGCAGAGAACUCUCCAAUUGAGCGACGAAGUCUCAUGACCUCAGAUGAAAAUUAUCACAACGAAAGGGCUCGGAAGAGCAGGAACCGCUUGUCUUCCAGUUCCCAACACAGCCGAGAUCACUAUCCUCUAGUGGAAGAAGAGUACUCUGACUCAUACCAGGACACUUACAAACCCCAUAGGAACCGAGGAUCCCCUGGAGGAUAUAGCCAUGAUUCACGACACAGGCUUUGAGUUCAAGAACCUGGGGAAAAAUAGUAUUCAUCAGUUGAUAACUUGCCAUAACGUAGCUAGGAAAAGCAAUUCACCUUAAUUUGGCAGAUGUAACGCGGUUAUACUGAGGUUACACUCUGCUGUCAUUUGAUGUUAAGUAGGGGACAAAAGAGUUAUCAUGCCCUUACGUUUAUGCCCUGUCAUAUAGAUUGUAUUUUGUUGUUUUGUUUUUUUAUUUUUAGUACAGCAUUUACAUUUAUAGCCAUACCUUUUCUCAUCGUUAGAUAUUAGGCACAUCAGUUUGUAACUUAGGGUUAUUAUCGAGGCACUUAUAAAGUAAUUUCCUGUGCUGGAAAUUCCAAAUGACCAGUUCCAGUUGGAACCAAUUUAUAAACCAAUUCCUGUUGGAAUUUGGGUGAAUUGACUGGAAAGUCAACCUGAGCAUGUUGCAAUCAAGUGAAAAAGAUAAAAAUGAAGAAUCUGAAAAUUAGAAACCGGUAGAAGCUGGAAAGUCAGCUACAGUAUUUGUUUGCUGGAAGCUCAAUUUACAUUUACAGUUAGAAUAAAAGCAUUUUAUCCUAACUACUUACUUCCAGAAUGGCUUUUUCAGACAAACCAAAUGUAAACUGUUGAGAGUGCCAAAAUCACAAAUUAUUGCAGCAGUUACAAAAUACUUUCCAGUUUGAAAUUAUUUUUAGAGCUGGCGUGAAUGUUGCAGCAAAAUGAUUUCUUUAGUUUAGCCAGUACUGACUUUUGUGUUGGGGUCAGCAGUGAUGAGCUAUGACACGGCAAGGGGAAACAGAAACAGGAAAAUGAACAAACUUCAGGACAGUUUGUGUGGUUAGAGCUUGAGAGUAGUCUUUUUUUUUUUCCUCUCUCUCUUGUUUACCUGAAUACAGCUAGUAGUCCCAAAAUCAUAGAAUCGUAGAAUCACAGAACGGCCUGGGUUGCAAAAGCCCACAAUGCUCAUCCA